AUGUCCUUGGUCAUUUCUGGUGAGUCCGGUCUUCAGGUUUCCGUUGAUGCACAAUGCUUGGGGGUCGAUGGAAAGGUUGGUGGAGCUGGGUGGAGACGCUCUUUAUGCCCAGCCCGAUUCAGCUCUUCCGAACUUCCGACUGGUGGAGUCGUCACUCUGACGAAGACUCUCACAUUGACAGACUUGAACAUCUCAGUUCGCAUGCCUCGUCUGAGAAUCGAAUUAAAGUUGAGAGCCAUAUUCGGGCAAAGUUUUGAGGGAACAUCAAGCCAUAUUUACCCUUUAAUUGAACGGUUGAGGACUGUUGAGAAGCGAGCAUCUUCAUACAGAUUCCACGGCUCAUCUUACAAACAGCGCUGCAAGGUCAGCAAGUCUGCAAACCCCAAAGCUUAUCAAGAGCAUGUAUCUGGUCUCUUGGCCUGGCUAAUCUCCCCGUUCGACUCACCUCAAGACCUGCCUUCGCCAAUCAAGACUUCCGCAUCUCCCAUUGUUCGACAAGUUCUCGUAUCGGACGGUAUGCAAUCACUGACCUUUCUGGCACUCCUGUUGUCUGCUUCAACCAGGACUGCAUCUGUUGGCCCGCAACAGGAGCAGGAAUCGCUUACUAAGGAGCCAACAUUCUUCGAUAUGCUAGCACGUUGGAACGGUGACGGCUACAGCGGCGGCUACGUUGGCGGAGGAUAUAGGGGAGGCGCUUUCGGCCAGACGACUUUUGUUGAUACCCAUCUUACCCCAAGUAGCCCUGCGGUAGCCGCUACUGAGAAGUCUCCGAUUCCACGAUCCUCGAAAUAA